AGCACCGCGGAAGCAGCAGUCAAAGUUCAGAUGCGGAAGAGAGACAAACCUUUGGGAUGUUUAGCGACUGAAAGUGGUCUGAAUGUAACUUUUAAGUAACCGGACACGAGAGGAGAAAAGAGCCACAAGUUUUUAAUAUUUAAUCUCAACGCACCCGGACAGGUCGCGGCGACAGAAGCGGCUAAUGGCGGGCGGAAAUUUACAGAAAGCUAUCGACCUGGCCAGCAAGGCGGCACAGGAGGACAAAGCCAAGAACUACGAGGAGGCCCUCAGAUGUUAUGAGCAUGCCAUACAGUACUUCCUACAUGUUAUCAAAUACGAGGCGCAGGGUGACCGAGCGAAGCAGAGUAUCCGGGCGAAGUGUGCCGACUACCUGGACCGAGCCGAGCAGCUGAAGGUUUACCUGAAGCAGAAGGAGAAGAGUCCUCCGGCCAAACCUGUCAAAGAGUCCGGGGACAAAGGGAGUGAAAGCGAUGAAGGGGAAGAUCAGGAGAAAAAGAAAUUCAAAAAUCAGCUCUCAGGUGCCAUUGUAAUGGAAAAACCAAAUGUGAAGUGGAACGAUGUUGCGGGACUGGAAGGAGCCAAGGAAGCCUUGAAAGAAGCUGUCAUCCUCCCAAUCAAAUUCCCUCAUCUGUUCACAGGCAAGCGGACUCCAUGGCGGGGAAUCCUCCUGUUUGGUCCUCCGGGAACAGGGAAGUCCUACCUGGCCAAGGCGGUAGCGACAGAAGCCAACAACUCCACCUUCUUCUCCGUCUCCUCCUCUGACCUGGUGUCCAAGUGGCUGGGGGAAAGUGAAAAACUGGUGAAGAACCUGUUCGCUCUAGCGCGGGAACACAAACCGUCGAUCAUUUUCAUCGACGAGAUCGACUCCCUCUGCGGCUCGAGGAGCGAAAACGAGAGCGAGGCCGCUCGCAGAAUCAAGACGGAGUUCCUCGUUCAGAUGCAAGGCGUUGGAAAUGACAACGAUGGAAUCCUGGUGCUGGGAGCCACAAAUAUUCCUUGGACGCUAGACUCGGCCAUCAGGAGAAGGUUUGAGAAGCGGAUCUACAUUCCUCUGCCAGAGGAGCACGCCCGCUCCUUCAUGUUCAAGCUGCACCUGGGCUCCACCCCCAACGGGCUGACGGACGACAACUUCGUCACUCUGGGCAAGAAGACAGACGGCUACUCCGGGGCAGACAUCAGCAUAAUUGUCAGGGACGCCCUCAUGCAGCCCGUAAGGAGGGUUCAGUCAGCGACUCACUUCAAAAAGGUUCGCGGAUCUCCGUUUAGCAACCCCGACGUUGUGGUUGACGACCUGCUGACGCCGUGCUCACCUGGAGAUCCCGACGCCGUAGAGAUGACGUGGAUGGAGGUUCCUGGGGAAAAGCUGUUGGAGCCUGUGGUGUCCAUGGCCGACAUGCUCCGGUCUCUGAGCAACACCAAGCCCACAGUCAACGAGCAAGACCUGGACAAGCUGAAGAAGUUUACGGAAGAUUUUGGUCAAGAAGGCUAAUCUGCUAAAGAUGGGAGUUUGGUAAUUUUUUCCUUAAUCAAUUAUACUUAGUGUGCCAAUCUUUUGGUCUGUUAAAUCUUAGAAAUGGACAAUUCGCUAGGUUCCUAGAAUGUACCUUAGAGUUGACCGUUUCAUCUGUUGUUCCACUGAAGCUAGUGUUUACGAAUAUACCGACACGUCUUUGCACCUUUUCAACACUACAAACAUCACCACGUAUAAGGUGGAUUUAUUUUGUACCAAAUAAACUUUGCUUUAAAGUUUACUUUUAGGACUAGAGGACGGUUUAAAUUUACAGAUGUUGCCUCCUUUAUGAACACAAAAUCACUUGUUUUCUUUUCUUUCAUUUGAUUCUUCUCAGGCUUUUGGGUUUUGUUGCUUCUAAAAUGAAUUACGGUCUAUUCAAAGAAGCUUUUUCAGCAGUUUCCGUGUUAUGUUUGUAUGUGUACAUCCGAUUUCUUCAUUAUGAUGUUAUUGUAGAUAUACUGUAGUUGGUCAUGUUUUGAUCAGUGUGUUUAGGCGGUGACUUUUGGGGGUCAAAAUGUUUGGAGUUUAUCGACGUAUUGUUAAAAUCUGAGGUCAUUUUAUGCAUCUUCUUGUGUUCUGUGAACAAGACUCAGGGCUAAAUAAACACAAUGCAAAAGUAA